GACAAAACUGUAUUACAAAACAUGCAUAUACUAUGUAAUAUAUUCUGCCCUGUAUACGGUUUUGUGUAACAUGGCACCAAUCAGCGCUCGUGAUUUUUUGAUUUAAAACUUAAAAUUGUUAAGGUGGUAAUUUGUCAUCGUCAGUAAACAACUAUCCAGUUGCUUUCAUUUUCUGUGAAAAUAAAUCUGAAGAGAAUUUGACUUUACAAAGGUUCGUCAUGUUUUAUAAUUAUCAACUGUGAAUCAAUCUCUUUUCAAAAUGGCAGAAAAUCUUUCGAAACGGCCUCCCAAGGGAAUUUUAAAAUCAUCUAGCAGUUUCGAUAAUCCGGAUGUACCCAGUAACUUUUAUCGCAGACCAAGCAAAGAAACAAAAUGGGAUGAGAUGAAUAUAAUUGCAACAUUGCACCCACCAGAAAAAGAUUAUGGUCAUAUGAAGAUCGAUGAACCAAAAACCCCAUACAACUAUGAAGGCCUGCAAGCUGAAUUUGAUUUUGAUCAAUUAGAUUCUACUGCAGUUGCUGCCAAAAAAACGUAAAGCAUUUGAAGCAAAGAGAAAGCGUCAUUAUCAAGAAUGGCAAGUUGUUCAAAUGGCUCGAAAACAGUUACUUGAACAAGAUGAAGAGGAUGAAGAUGAGGAGGACAAUGAAGAAAAUGAAGAAGACAUAGAAAAAGAUGACAAUAAUACUCUUCCUUCAGAAGAACAAAUUGAUUUUGAUGUUAAAUUCAAAUGCAUGCCAUCUUGUAAUACAACAAAAGGAAAGUGAUAUGGUAGAAAAUAUUUAUAAAUAAUGUUAUCAAUUACUUGAUUAAAACUUGGGAUUCAGUUAUCUGACAAUUUUAAUUCAUGUUAAAUUUAUUUACUAUUAUAUCAUAAUUGACAGAUAAAUUAAAUUACUAAUAACAAUGUCCAUUUUAGAUCAGUUAAAUGAUCAAUAAACUUUUGUAAUUGACGGAAUUACUAUUUCCCAAUAUUUGACUUAUACAUUAAUCAAUGUAAUUAAUUACACAACGAAUUUAUAGUGGAUUUAUAAUUAAUUAAUUGCGUAAUUAAUUGCAAAUAUAUAUAAAUAAAUAAUUAAUAAUUAAACAAGUAUUACUUAUUUUCAGCGAUUUAAUUAUUGGCUAUCUACUGCUUAAUUACUAAAUUCAAACAAAUAUUUAUAUAUAUUCUUUUUCUGUAAUUCUGCAGAAUAAUGGACAUUAUCCUUAAUUCAGAAAUUACAAUUCUCUAAUUUUUUGUGACUUUUAUUAUGAAAUCGCAAUAAUUUUUAACUUUUGUUGGUGCUGUAGUAAAGGAAUAAUUUAAUUAUUAAUUAUUUAGUGAUAUUAAAUAUAAAUUUUAAACAAUUAUUGUUACUACUUUAAUGCAUAAGACAAUUAUUUAUUUUCAUAUAAAUUUUCCUAUCAAUUUUUCUCACAAAGAUUGUAUAAUUAUUUGUAUAUCAUAUUUUUCAUAAUAUUCUAAUCAUUUCCUAUACAGAAAAUUAUUGAUUUUACAGUGUUUUCUUAACAAUAAAACAAUUGAUUUUUAAUAGAAUUUAACUGCUUUAAAUAUUUAAUUUUAUAAGUUGUGGGCAAAUAAUUUUUUAAAUUCUUUAAUUAGUUACAUUGCUUAUUGAAAUAAUUAGUUAAUCAGUAAUAUAUAUUUAUAAAACUAUCAUAAAAAAUGAUUAUGAAAUGUUUUAUAAGCUACUAGGUGAUUAGAAAAUGAGUAAUUCUUAAUAAAAGAUUUUUUCUUUUGCAUAAUUAUUAGUACACAUAAAAGAUGAAAAGAAAUUAUAUAUAUAAAAUAUGAAUGUAAGUACAUUAAUUACCAUAUUAAACUUGUAAUAAAUUUCAGCUUAAUAUAUUAAGAAUUUCUCAUUUUCUAAUUAUAUGUUACAGUUUACAAGAUAUUAUUAAAACAGGGUGUUCUGUAAGGUAUGCAAUAAAUAAGAGAUAAAUUAGAAUCUUAGACAUUUUUACAUUGAUAUUAUUUUUUGUUCACAUUGGAUAUUGCAUUAUGUUUAAAUAUAUCAUAUUGUUUUAUUUAUUUUUUAUAAUAAUUAAUUUAAUUUGUGCAUAUUAAAUAUCAAGAAAAAUUGCUUUUAUAAAUAAAAUAAAUGAAAGUUUGUUAACAUUAAUAACUACAAAAUUUUGUACUAAAAUUGAUAUAUUAUUAAAAAUAAUUGAAAAUUGAACAAAAUUGUAAUUUAUCUGUUAAUAAUAAAGUUCGACUUCUAAAUAUUUUUGUAUUUUUUUUAAUACAAGUUCAAUUUUUAAAAGAUACAUAUAUAUAUAUAUUUAUAUAUAACAUAAUAUGAUCAAUGUGAAUUUGUCUAAAUAUGAAACUAUGUGAAUCUUUCAUUUAGAAAACUACAUUUUAUAUAUUUUAUUCAAACUAUAAUAUAUUCCUUAUUAUAAAGACCUCAAGUUUUUUAAAUCUAUGACUAAAAAUUGAUAUUAUUUUUACAAUUAAUUUAUUGUUCUGUACCAAAUUAAAAUUUAAUUUUUUUUUUAUUCUUAUUAUAAUACAGUACAAACAACUAUAACUAA